AUGGCGACGAACGUGACUCAGGGCAAAAUCCACAGGGCCUUCCUGGAAAACCCAGACAAGGUGGAGGAGUACAAAGUGAGCGGCAGCGUGGGUGUCAUUGGGUUUACUGAAGACCCAGACGUCUACGUUUGUGGUGUAGAAGACGGUAUCGGCCAGUACAACUUGAAGACAAAGCAAUUCAAGUACAUGGCCAAGUACCCGGAGAAGCAACACUUCAAAAAGGCGGUGCCAUUGCGCUCGAACGAGGGCGCCAUUGACGCCGAGGGCAACUUCUGGAUCGGCACGUUUUGCGACUUUGUCGCAGAAAAGCCCAAUCAAGCUACCUUCUACAAAUUUUUGAAGGACGACUGGGAACACCCGAAAAUCAUCAAGGACAACGUCACGUGUCCGAACGGACUGAACUGGCAUGACGACAUCAUGUAUUGGACAGACACCGAAAAGGGCAUCUACAAGUACAAAUUCGACAAGAGCACCGGACUGCCUGAUCUGAGCACAGAAACUCUGUUUCUCCCUGUUUCCAAGAUCAGAUCGCUGAUCGGCAUCAUGGGCGAGCUGGGACCCGACGGCUCGUGCAUCGAUGCCUCGGGAAAUCUGUACGUUGCAUUGUGGGGCGGGGCCAGCGUGAUCAAGGUCAACCCGGAGGGAGACAUCGUCCACAGAUGGACUUUCCCUGCGCAGAGAGUCAGCUGUGUCACGUUGGGCGGUCCAGGCCUCGACGAGAUGUUUGUCACCACUGCAGACCUCAAUCUUGACAACCCUGACAAGCUGAGGUCUGUUCCUCUGGACGAGGGCGGCAAGCUGUUCCACAUCAAGCUGACUGGGGUCAAGGGUGUUCCUAAGAACAAAUUCAAGGGCAAGCUGAUUGUUUAG